AUGAGCAGCGCCAACGGCAGCUCCGUGGCGCUCACCAGCGGCGGCACCGUCGCCUCCAAGCGCCGCGUCGCCUACUUCUACGACUCGGACAUCGGCAACUACCACUACGGCCAGAACCACCCCAUGAAGCCGCACCGCGUGCGAAUGGCGCACAACCUCAUCACCAACUACGGCCUCACCAAGCACAUGGAAGUCUUCCGUCCCCGCCUCGUUGACUGGACGGAGCUCACGCGCUUCCACUCGGACGACUACAUUCACUUCCUGCGGCUCGUGACGCCCGACAACAUGCACGAGUAUCUGCGCCAGCUGCAGCGCUUCAACGUGGGCGAGGAUUGCCCGGUCUUUGACGGCCUCUUCGAGUUCUGCCAGCUCUACGCGUCGGCUUCGAUCGGCGGCGCCGCCAAGCUGAACGCCGGCUCGGCUGACAUUGUCAUCAACUACUCGGGUGGUCUGCACCACGGCAAGCGCUCGGAGGCUUCCGGCUUCUGCUACGUGAAUGACUGCGUGCUCGGCAUCCUGGAGCUGCUGAAGACCCACCAGCGCGUCUUGUACAUCGACAUUGACAUCCACCACGGCGAUGGCGUGGAGGAGGCCUUCUACACGACCAACCGCGUCAUGACGUGCUCGUUCCACAAGUACGGCGAGUUCUUCCCUGGUACGGGUGACCUCAAGGAUAUCGGCCACGGGGACGGCAAGCACUACGCCGUUAACUUCCCUUGCCGUGACGGCAUGGACGACGAGAGCUUCACUGGCAUCUUCCGCAGCGUCAUCGCCAAGGUUAUGGAACACUUUGCGCCAGGAGCUGUGUUGCUGCAGUGCGGUACGGACUCGCUCUCUGGAGACCGACUUGGCAGCUUCAACCUGUCGGCCAAGGGUCACGCGGACUGCGUCGCGUACGUCAAGAGCUUCAACAUCCCCACGCUCGUCGUGGGCGGCGGUGGCUACACGCUGCGCAACGUGGCACGAGCCUGGUGUUACGAGGCUUCGCUACUGGUGGGAGUGGACAUCCCGGACGCGAUGCCCUACAACGACUACUUCGAAUACUACGGCCCCGAAUACCGUCUUCACCUGCCUGUGAGCAACAUGGAAAACCUCAACACGCCUGCGUACCUCGACGAAAUUAAGCGCUCUAUCCACGAGAACCUCCGCCAGAUCGAGCCUGUCCCCAGCGUUCCAUUCACGGUCGCACCACCGUCGGCGCGUAUCCAGGAGGAGAAGGAAGCUGCGGCCCGCGACCGCGAGGAAGACGACCAGCACAUGAUGGACGUUUCGGGCGAGCGCCAGGUACAACUAGAGCUCAAGCAGAGUGACGCCCCUCGUCACCCAGUUGAGUUUUACGACUAA